AUGGGAUUCCCACCUUUCACCCUAAAAUAUCACACUGCUCCCUACCCAGGCAUUGAUCCCAGGCUGCCGGAUGUAAGCGCCGCCGGGAAGACAAUUCUCAUCACUGGCGGUGGAUCUGGAAUUGGGCCUCGCAUUGCCGAAGCAUUUGCAAUUGCAGGAAGUACGCAGAUUACACUUCUUGGACGAACAAAAUCAACUCUUGAGAAGACCAAAUCAACCCUGGAAUCUACACAUAGCGGAUUGAAGGUCCUCACUUUCGUGGCGGACAUUACCGAUGCUUCAGCUGUCAACGCUGCCUUCCAAGGCACAAGAGCAACCUUCGGACCCAUUGAUAUCUUCGUCUCAAACGCGGCAUUCCUCCCGGAGGCGGUGCCAAUCAAGGAUAUGAUUGUUUCCGAUUUUGCACAGGGACUGAACACUAAUGUUGUGGGGAAUCUUAUCACUACACAGGCCUUUCUAGCGACCGCCGCACCAUCUAAUGCCGUGCUCAUCCAUGUCACCACCGGUGCCGUUCAUCUUCCCUCAAUGCCCAACUAUUCAGGUUACCAGACAAGCAAGACUGCAGCGCUAAAAUUCUUCGAGGCGGUACAGGCGGAAACCCCAAAUCUGCGUGUUAUGCAUGUACAUCCGGGCUAUAUAGCAACGGAUAUGAAUGCCAAGUCUGCCAAGGGGGGUCUAGGCAGUGACAACUCCAUUCCAUUUGAUCACAUCGACUUGCCGGGCCAUUUCAUGGUGUGGGCUGCUAGCCCCGAGGGAGCAUUCUUGAAAGGAAAGUUCAUUUGGAGUAACUGGGAUGUGGAAGAGCUCAAGGAGCGGAAGGAGGAGCUUCAAGGUGAGGACAAGUUGACCAUGGUAUUGAAUGGAUGGCCACGGAAAGACUGA